AUGGGAAGCCGAAUCUGCCAUGGUGCAUUUGACAUGGUGCAAACAGCAAAGUCCUCAACCUCCGAGAGAGUGCCUGGCAUUCCACUCCAAGCAAUUGACCAGUUUGAGUGGAUUGCUGCUGAGGCAAUCAACUUUGAGUUUUUUGUCUCAGAAAACGAGUACAAGCCUUUGCUUAUGGAUUGGCGUCUUCCUCCUCCCACACCUCGGCUCGCGUCUGGUCCUUCCUCUUCUUCCUCGCUUCCGCCUUUGUCACCACCACUCGUCCCCGUCAAAAUUGAACCUGGCGUAACGCCAUUGGCCGCUAUCAAGCUUGAGCCACCAUCACCUCCCACUUUCCUCCCUGCUAUCAAGGUCGAGGAAUUGGAUGACGAGCAUGCUUUGCUUGCUGCGAUGCUUGUCCGGGGCGAGGACAACUUGCGUGCUGUAAGCAUGCCUGAGGUCUCCGAACCCACCACCACCACACCACCAACAUCAACAGCUCAUUGCGGUUUUCCACCUCACGUUUGA